AUGCCUCCAAUGUCACCAGAAGCCAGGGAGAGGGCCAAUGGCAUGCUGCAGGCAGGUCAGGAGCCCAGGAGCGAUCCCGGGAAAGAGGCGGCAAGCAAGUCUCAGGGUCAGCGUUCCCGCCCGCGAGCCAGGAGCUCGGACCUCUGGAUCGCCGCCCCCUGCUGGACACUACAGGAAGUGUCCUGCUGCCUUGGGGCUGGACUCCCCCAGGGGUCGGGAUCGGGAUCGGGAUCGGAACACACCGGGACGAUUCUGGACGUCUGGCCUGCUCUGCCCAGUGCUGUGGGUCGAGUCCCGCUGAGCCACGGCUCUGGAUGGUCCAGACACUGCGUGGAGCGCCACCCAGAGGCGGAAGGGAGGAACUGUGGAGACCAGAGGCUCCCGCCGGGACAGAGCGCAGGACACAUCCCUGCUGGGAAGAGGAGACUCAGACGGAUCCCGGAGGAGCUGCAGACUGUGGGAGGACACUCAGAGCUCAGUCUUGCUGUGCCAAGAGACGUGCGGACCACCAGCCCCAGAGAACACCCCUGUGCUGCCGUGGCAACAGACAACAGCCGCCAGGACAAGAUGGUGGUGAAGAUGGCUCUCGUUCUGCUCCUGCUGGGGGCUCACACAGUGAGCUCUCAGCAUCAGCUGUGUGGAACCUAUUACCUGGGAGGCAACAGUCAGCAGAACAUGACAGCCAAGAGGGAAGACUGGACUGUGAAGACCUUCCGCUCCUCGGUGGACCUGAGGAAGAUCAUGGUGUACGGAAACUGUCUGAUGCUCGUGGACGGAAUAGUGUACGGGUCAGAAGACACCCGUGAUAAAUAUUACAAUGUGAACAAGAAGGUUAGGCACAUUGAGUGUUGUUGUGAAUUUGUGAAUUCUGCCUCCGAGAGGUUUCUGAACAGACAUGUUAUUGGUACAGUACCACAGAACUGGAAUGCAGAAAUGAAGGGCAGAUGCAUCCCCAUUAAUGGGAGACUCAUGCACACAUUUAUUGUCACCACAGCAGAUGCAGUGAGAAGGAUCUGUGGAAAUCGGAAUCAAGCAAUCAAGCAAAAUUGCCGUAGUAGGAAUAACUUUACAAUUUAUAACAUUGAGAGAAAACAAAGUGGUCAGUACAGCAACAAUGCCAAAAGACGUAAGACAGAGAUCGCAGUGACCUGUGAAAACAGGCUUCCUGUCCAUUUUGAUUGCUAUGUAGACAAUAAUAAUCCCGACUGUAUAAACAAGUAUAAGGUUUGCAAGUGAUGAGCAAUGAGCAGGCGAACUGUACCCCUGGGGUUCGGGCUCUCUUUGCAGUGCCAUCAGUCACAGAGGUCCAAGAUUGAAUUUCCCACAUUUCCACAGUCAUGUGCGGAUCAGUUCAGGAUUGAAAUCCGGUAUUGAAUUUCCAACGUAGCUGAAGACAAGUGUGGGAGCUCUGUGUCUGAUAGAAACUCCCAAAGACAAAAUUGGUUACAUUGUUCU